GGGAGGUCUCGGUCUCCUCCCCUGAGGGGGCCAGCAGCUGGUUUCCCCAAACGCAGAGCCUGAGGCAAGGAUUCCGUCUGGGCAGGACAGCUAUAGAAUCUGCAGAGCCUGGUGCAAAAUGAAAACACAGGUCCCUUGUUCAAAAGUAGGAAUUUCAAGACAGCCAGGGCAGCAGGUUGGAUAGAGAGGGGGGCCCAUGCAGCUGUGUGGAUUCCGGGGAAUCUGUUUAUUUGGGAGAUGAUUUGACACACACACAACCCUGCCCCCAGUGGAGCCAUCAGGUCGCUAUCUCUCCUGAGGUCUUGAGGACAGGUGACCUCCUAGGCCCCCAGUCAGGACCAGGGCCUGGCAAAGGCACCUUCCUGGGCCUUGGCUGUGAGUGGAGGGUCUCUGGUCACUUCUCUGCUGUGGGUGUGAGGAUGAAAGUAUUGGGGUGUCUGGACCAACUUCAGUUGGGGCAACCUGUCCCUCGGUCCUCACAGCCCCAUGUGUCCCAGAGGCCCCAGCACCUUAGGAUACUCUUUCAUCAGCUUGGGCAGCCAGAACGUGCACCACAGAACAGGGUGGUUCAGAGGACAUGCUGGAGGCUAGACGUCGCAGGUCAAGGCGUUCACAGGGCUGGUUCCUCCUGAGGCCUCUCUCCUGGGCGUGUGGAUGCUGCCUUCUCCCUGUGUCCUCAUAUGCUUGUCCCUGUGCAUGUCUGUGUCCUGCUUUCCUCUCACUAUAAGGACACCAGUCAGAGGAGAUUAGGGUCACCCUACAACAGACAUAAUUUUAACUUUAUUACCUUUUUUUUUUUUCAAAAUAGAUACUUUUAUUUUAAAAGGCUUUAAAAUUCAUUGUUAAUGACUGUUAAUUAUUUUUAAAUUUUAUUUUAUUAUGUUAUGUUAGUCACCAUACAAUACAUCAUUGGUUUUUGAUGUGGUGAUCCAUGAUUCAUUGUUUGCCUAUAACACCCAGUGCUCCAUGCAGAACGUGCCCUCCUCAAUACCCAUCACCAGGCUAACCCAUCCCCCCACCCCCUCCCCUCUAGAACCCUCGGUUUGUUUCUCAGAGUCCAUAGUCUCUCAGGGUUCGAAGAUAGUAGGAAGGGAAAAAUGAAGGGGGGGGGAGUGGAGGGGGAGAUAAACUUUAUUACCUUUUUAAAGACCCUGUCUCCAAAUAUAGCUGCAUUCUGAGGUGCUGGGGGUCAGCGCUUCCACAUAUGAUUUUGGGGGUGGGCACCAUUCAGUCCAUAACUGACUCCAGCCUCCCCUUCCAACCACUGGACACCAACCCCCAGCGGGGGGACUCUGCCACCCUGGGGGCCUGUGGAGGGUGUACAAAUUUGGUGCUAGGGCUGCUUGUUGGAGGAAGGACUGGUGGGCACUCCUGGGCACCGCCGGGAUGCAGGCUCUCUUGGGUGAGCCUCGGUGUUAGGACCCAGGUUUGGAAGAAUGCUUUUGUUGGGCCUCUGCUCUCUGCCAGGUCCUGCUAGGCUCCCCAGCCCCCUGUGGGACCUAGAAGUGGAAUAGCUGUCCUCACAUUCUCCCAGGGGAGCCGGCUGGAGAGGACCUGGCUGCCCCCAGCCUCCAAGGGUCUCUGGGCUUGUCUGGCUGCUCCAGGGGUGGCUGCUGGAGGGCUGGGGCCCCAGGGCCCGUGCAGCCGGGGGUCUCCUCACCUGUGCCCUGUGGCCGCCCCUGCAUUGCCGUGGCUGUGAGGGCGCCCGGGCCGGGAGGAUGACAGGUGGGGUCUGCUCUGCCUCUGGGAGGGCCCUGCGGGGUUUUCAAAGUGCCCUGAGAGGCGGGGCGUUGAACCUCAGGUCCGAGGCGUCCGUGCACUGCUGGGGUAUAGCCACGUGAAGGAAGCUCUGCAGACUGGAAGUGCUGCCCCAUUCAAGACAGUGUUGACCCGCUGGCUCUCUGGGUGCAGGGCCCUGGGCUGCUGGCCUGGGCACGUCAGUCCUUUGUGAGGAGCCACCGGCCUCAGGGAAGAGCAACUGGGAGAGCUGGGCUUCAUCGUGACCACUUGCCCUGCAGGCCCAUCCACGUACAGCACAGACUUGACCCCUCCCCCCACUCUCCUGCCUGACCAGGCCGAGCUGACCUCUGCCGAGGGCCAGGUCCACCAAUGGGGCUUCACACACGACCUCUCUUGUCUUCCUGCUACCUCAAGCUCCGAAGCUGACAUGAAGAAAUUUAGCGGGUCACAUGGAGGGGCACAUGGAGGGUCCCUGGAGGGUCACACGGAAGGUCACUGGAGAGUCACUUGGAACAUCACUGGAGGGGCACUUGGAGGGUCACAGGAACAACCACCAGGAGUCCCUGGGCCAAGCUGGGAUUGGAGCCUGGGCUGACCCGAGUCCACCCCCCCCGGGGAGGACUUUUACCCCCUGAGGGCCCUGGUCACAUGUGCUGCUUUCAGGGGAGCCGGCCGGCCCCCAGCUGGGUAGGGGAUCCCUCCUCCUCCAUUGUCCGGCUCACAGGGUCUGGCCCCCUUCCUGUUCUGCUCCAUGUUUGCACAGGGACCACAGCCUGUCCCUCCUUGCCAUGACUGGUGGUUAAUCAGCAGCCCGGCCACCAUGGGAGGGCCCUGGUGGGUGGAUAAAGGCCCCACCAGGCACCGGAGGGCAGUGUCCCUCCUCCCCUGCAUCCACCCUGUGAGAGGAGCGCCAGGAUCAAGGCCCAGAUCAUGUCCCAGCUGGUGGAAUGCGUUCCCAACUUCUCAGAGGGGAACAACCAGGAGGUGAUUGACGCCAUCUCUCGCGCCGUGGCACAGACCCCGGGCUGUGUGCUGCUGGACGUGGACGCUGGCCCCUCCACCAACCGCACCGUCUACACGUUCGUAGGGCAGCCCAAGGACGUGGUGGAGGGGGCCCUCAAUGCCGCCCGGGUUGCCUUCCAGCUCAUUGAUAUGAGGCAGCACCAAGGGGAGCACCCUCGGAUGGGCGCCCUGGACGUGUGCCCCUUCAUCCCUGUGAGGGGCGUCAGCAUGGAUGAGUGUGUGCUCUGUGCCCAGGCUUUCGGUCAGCGGCUGGCCGAGGGGCUGGGUGUGCCAGUGUACCUCUAUGGCGAGGCGGCGCGCACAGCCAGUCGCCGGACCCUGCCUGCCAUCCGGGCUGGGGAGUACGAGGCCCUCCCUGAGAAGCUCAAGCAGGCUGAAUGGGUGCCCGACUUCGGCCCCAGCUCCUUUGUCCCCAGCUGGGGGGCCACUGUCACGGGGGCACGGAAGUUCCUCAUUGCGUUCAACAUCAACCUGCUCAGCACCAAGGAGCAGGCCCACCGCAUCGCCCUCAACAUUCGGGAGCAGGGGCGUGGGAAGGACAAGCCAGGACGCCUGAAAAAGGUUCAGGGCAUUGGCUGGUACCUGGUUGAGAAGAACCUGGCCCAAGUGUCCACAAACCUCUUGGACUUUGAGGUCACAGCACUGCAUACGGUCUACGAGGAGACCUGCAGAGAAGCCCAGGAGCUGAGCCUGCCGGUGGUGGGCUCACAGCUGGUGGGCUUGGUGCCUCUGAAGGCCCUCCUGGACGCUGCCGCCUUCUACUGCGAGAAGGAGAACCUCUUCAUCCUGGAGGAGGAGCUCCGCAUCAGGCUGGUGGUGAGCCGGCUGGGCCUGGACUCUCUGUCCCCCUUCAACCCUAAGGAGCGGAUCAUCGAGUACCUGGUCCCCAGUGGCGGGCCUGGGCAGAGCCUGGUGGACAAGCCCCUGCGUGCCUUCGUCCGUGAGGUGGGCGCCCGCUCUGCAGCCCCGGGGGGUGGCUCUGUGGCAGCUGCCAGUGCAGCCAUGGGCGCCGCGCUGGCCUCCAUGGCCGGCCUGAUGACCUACGGGCGGCGGCAGUUUGAGCACCUGGAUGCAACCAUGCGGCGCCUGAUUCCGCCCUUUCACGCGGCCUCGGCUGAGCUGACCAAGCUGGUGGACGCGGAUGCCCGGGCCUUCCAGGCCUACCUGGAAGCCACGAAGCUGCCUACCAGCACACCUGAGGAGAGGGACAGGCGUGCGGCAGCCCUGCAGGAAGGGCUGAGGCGGGCAGUAGCCGUGCCCCUGGCACUAGCAGAGACGGUGGCCUCGCUGUGGCCGGGGCUGCAGGAGCUGGUGCAGUGUGGGAACCUGGCCUGCCGGUCGGACCUGCAGGUGGCGGCCAAGGCCCUGGAGACCGGCAUGUUUGGUGCGUAUUUCAACGUGCUCAUCAACCUGAAGGACAUCACCGACAAUGCGUUUAAGGACCAGACCCACCAGCACAUCUCUAGCCUCCUGCAGGAAGCCAAGACCCAGGCAGCCCUGGUGCUGGAGCACCUGGAGGCCCGGCGGGAGUGACGGCAGGUGGGGAGACCGCGUAGACUCCGCAGCCCUCGGUGCCCCUCCCCCUUCCUGGCAGCCUCCAGACACAGUCCCUGUGGGGCCCAGAGGGGGCUGGGGGAUCAAGGGUCCGCUUGGGGUGGUGGAGUCACCCCCCCGUCACUUGCAGCUUUUAGUAAAGUCAUGA